GCGCCGCCGCUACCCAAGAAAUGUCUUGGUGUCUGUGUUGACAUCAAGUUUUGUAGAAUUAGCUCGAUGAAAUCCCCGUCGCCCCAUACCCAGUUUACUAUGUGAAAAUCCGCCCGUUUAACCGAACCCAGCCCAAUUUAAACCCACCGUGUCUGAAAACAGAAUGAACUCUGGUGACAGCGAAUCCGGAGAGUCCAACAUUCAAGGCGAAGACAAGAACAUCAUCGACAAAAUCCUAGGCGAAAUGAAGAGCGAAUUCAACAAGACUGAAAAACCGAACGGCGAAGACAGCCCCGAAGCAGGCACCGCGGACUCUAGCUCUAGUCUCAACAACGCCGCUGAAGAGAACACAAAGACUGAAGAGAGUACAAACGAGGAAAACCACGGCGACGAGCCCGCCGCCGACGAGGUCGAGAAGCCUCGAAUCAUCCUGUCUUUUAAGAAGCCCACGGCGGAGUCCCCCGCGAAAGCCAAGGAGACCGGCCGGCGCCUGCGGCAGAAAGUCGACGAAAAAUUGGAGGAGUCGGGGCUGAAGCGGUCGGCCCGUAGACGCAGCAAGGACUGCUCGGAGUCGGUGCUGCAGAGCGCCAUCGCGAGGAAAGAAAAGUCGUACAACGAGUCCAACAAGCCGCAGAGGCUCACGCGCCAGCUCAAGCCAACGCAGAAGAUCCUCGAGAACCUGGCGCUGGCCAAGCAGGAGAAGACCAAGUCGGAGAAAGGCAAAGCGAAAAACGAGAAAGCGAAGAGCAACGACGAUAGCUUCACGGACGAGGAGAACGACAGGAAUCACAGGAAACAUAAGCACAAGCACAACAAGCAUGGGAAGAAGGCGAAGCGGUUUAAGAGCGACAGCAGCCGCGAUUCGGACUCGGAUCAGAGCGUGCAGGAUGGGCUGAAGUCCGACGAGAGUGGCUGCAGGAGGUCGCGGAGGGUCUCCACUAGUCGGUUUAAAGACGAUUCAGCGACGGAUUUGGAUGAGCCUAGCUUGCAAGACGCCCCAAACGAUGAGAAUGCGUUAUUUGCGAAAAAUGACAGUUCUGAGGGCGGGGACGAGGUGGUGGCGGCACGGCUGUGUUUGUGCACGGAGAAAACUCAGUUUUAUUUAGGGAGUAGUGACGAAGAAGUUAGCUAUUGCGCAGCGGUGGACAACAUCGGCGAUAAAUUCGUAGGCUGCAGCCGCAUCAUAAAGCCCAAAGAAGCCAUGCUGAUGCGGCCCUCGACCCGAAUACCGUACACGAUCCUGUGCGAAUCCCACAGAAACAGGUUGCUGCGUCACAACUGUUGCCCAACGUGUGGAGUUUUCUGCACACAGGGACGGUUCGUCGAAUGCGAAUCCAAACACCACUACCAUCGCGAAUGUCAGAUUUCCGUCGGCGACGCCGACUGUUGUCCCCACUGCGGUGCACCUACGCCUCCUUACGACGUCAAUAUCACCAUGCACUCGGCGAAAAGACCCAUUUUUCUCCCAGUACAAAAGGCUCAAUAUGCGUCGGCUAGAAUGAGUUUUCCGAGUAGUUGUAAAAGCGAAGACGAAAUCAAAUGUAUCACGCCCCCACUCCUCCCGCUCGGCGCGCUCGACAUGCAAAACUCGCUGCAGUACGGCGACGAGGAGUUCGAACUGGCGGACUUGGUCGUCGCCAUUCGCAACAACUCCGUCGAAAAAGUAGCGGUAAUUUUAGGAUCGAAAAGCGUCGACAUUAGUUGUAAAAUUCCCGAAUGCAACGACGGCACCGCGUUGCACCUAGCGGCGCAGAAAGGCCAAGUCGCCGUCGUGCACAUGCUCCUCGUGGCCGGGGCGCAGCCCGACGCCUUCGACAAGGACCAGAACACGCCCGUCAUGCUCUCUGUGCUAUCGAACCACAACGACGUCGUCCACUACCUGAUCAAGACCGGCGUCAGCAUCGACCUGAAGGGCACCGACGGCAUGACCGCCCUCCACCUCGCCGCCAAAUGCGGCAACCUCAAGGCGUGCGAGCUGCUGCUCGCCGCCGCCUCCGCGAUCAAGAACUUCGUCAACAGCCAAGACGAUGGCGGCUGGACGCCUCUGGUAUGGGCAUGUGAACACGGUUACGCAGAGGUCGCCAAUUUUCUCAUUUAUAAAGGUGCGGACGCCUCGCUGCGGGACGUGGAGCACAACGUGGCCUUGCACUGGGCGGCCUUCAGCGGCAGCGCGCACAUUGCGGAGUUGCUGCUGAAUAAGGGGUGCGACGUAAACGCCGUCAACGCGCAUGGGGACACGCCCUUGCAUAUCGGGGCGCGCCAGGAUAUGUACGACUGCAACGUGGUUCUGCUGGCGAGGGGUGCAGACGUUACUAUACUGAAUAAAAACAGCGAAUCGCCGCUGGACUGCGUCCCGCCGGGCGGUGACUCGUACAGCCCGAUAGCUCUAAACAUCACGCUGCAGGCGACGGUCGACUACGAGUCGAGCAACGUCAUUCUGGCCAACGACAUCUCCAAGGGCAAAGAGACCAACCCUGUGCAGUGUUACAAUAACGUGGACGCCGAGCCGCAGCCGAUCGACUUCCAGUACAUCACCCGCAACUGCACCACCUCGGACGACGUCAAAGUCGAAACCAAGAUCAGCUCGUUGCAGUAUUGCCAGUGCGCGGAUCGGUGCGUGGACGACGACUGCUUCUGCGGGAAAUUGUCGGUGCGGUGCUGGUACGACGAGGAAGGAAAGCUGGUGCCCGACUUCAGUUACACAGACAUCCCCAUGAUAUUCGAGUGUAAUGAGCGCUGUUCGUGCAACGCAAUCACGUGCAAUAACCGAGUAGUACAAAAAGGACUAACCCAAAGAUUCGAGCUGUUCAAAACUAUGGAUAAAGGUUGGGGGAUUCGCACGCUGCGUUUGAUCCCGAAAGGUAGCUUCGUUUGCGAGUACGUCGGCGAGAUCAUCACCGAUCUGGAAGCCGACAAGCGCGACGACGACAGUUUCCUCUUCGAUUUGGAAAAUAGGGUCUGCAGGAGCGAUAGCGAUAUAGAUACGUACUGCAUCGACGCCAGGUUCUACGGGAACUUCGCCCGAUUUAUCAAUCAUUCCUGCAGUCCGAAUUUGACGUCGGUGAAGGUGUUCGUGGAGCACCAGGAUUUGCGCUUUCCGAGGAUCGCGUUUUUCGCAAAUAGGGAUAUAGCUAGCGAUGAGGAGUUGAGUUUCGACUACGGGGAGAAGUUUUGGAUUGCAAAGUACAAAUCGCUGUUUUGUCUGUGCGGCAAUACGGAGUGUAAAUAUUCGGAGGACACUAUCGAAAUGACUGUACGAAAUCACCAAAGAAGGUUAGAGGAGUGCGGUUGAGUUUUGUUGUUUAGCGGUUACUGUUUUUACUGUUUAAUUUAUUGGUGUUGUUAGUGUUCUUACCUUGACAGGUAUACUUAAUGUUAUUUAUCAAGUUAUUCCAUUUUGUAUGUAAGUAUUUAAUUGGACCACAGCUGUGACUGAUUGUUUUGUUGUUUCACGGAGAGGAGUUAUUUAUUUGUAUUUUAGCGACAUGAUUGUGUCCACGUUUUGUACGUUUAUUUAAGCGUCGUGCACCGCCGAGAUUUUUGUUUUGUAAAUAUAUGUUUUCUAAUUA